CUUUUAAUUCAUAACGCUCCAUCGCAUCCACCCGAAGAUGAACUAAUAACUGAAGAUGGCUGCAUAUUAAAAAUGUUUAUCCCACCAAAUGUCACCCCUCUUAUACAACCUAUGGAUCAAAAUGCCAUCAGGAUUACGAAACUUUACUAUAGAAACAGUCUUUUGGCUUUUGUUGCUGCAAAGGGGUUUGAUUUGCUUGAGGCUCUAAAGCAAAUUAUGCUUAAGGAAGCGAUUGUUACCUUAGAACCUGCAUGGAGUAACGUAGAUGCUGUUGUGCUAUGCAAAUGCUGGAGCAAUGUCUUAAGUAUGGUAGAAAACCAAGAGGAUCCUGAAGAUGACGUUCCUUUGAGUGUUCUUCGAAGCAACUUAAUUAUAAAUUUAAGGGACUUGGAGGGUGAUGCAGCCAAUCUUUGGUCACACUUGAGACCUGAGGCGGAAUUCACUGCUUUCAACGUUAGAGAAUGGAACGAUGAUGCUAUUGAAUGCAAUAACAAUGAUAUACAGGAAAUUUUCGACGAUGAUGUGGACUGUUCUGUGAAGCCAAAAAAGACGAUUACAUCAAAGGAAGCUAUUGACAUGCUUACUAAAACUUUGGAAAGGUGCUGAGAUUGAAAUGGUUGAUAAAUGGGAUUUAAACGUGUUGAAGAAGCUAAGGGAAAAGGCAGUUUUUAAGAUGCUUGAACAAAAGAAACAACAAAAGCGGAUUACUCUUUUUUUUUCGACGUGAACUCAAUUUUUUUUUAAAUUA